AUGGUAUUCAAGUUAAUACGACCCGCCCCGCUAACAGAGCCAAAAAGGUCUCGCGAUGGCUGCAUCUACCUAUAUCGGGCCAUGAAGUUUAUUGGGUGGCUGCCUCCAAAAGACGGCGUGUCGCGGUAUUUGUACCUAACAUGGACGCUGAUGACGUUCGUGUGGUCCACCACUUAUCUGCCACUGGGAUUUCUUGGCAGCUACAUGACUCAGAUUAAGUCCUUUUCUCCGGGUGAGUUCCUCACAUCGCUCCAGGUUUGUAUCAAUGCCUACGGCUCCUCGGUGAAGGUUGCCAUUACGUACUCUAUGCUCUGGCGCCUUAUCAAAGCCAAGAGCCUGCUAGAUCACUUAGACCUUCGCUGCACCACCAUGGAGGAGCGCGAAAAGAUUCACCGAGUUGUGGCACGCAGCAACCAUGCCUUUCUCAUUUUCACCUUCGUCUACUGUGGCUAUGCGGGCUCCACCUACCUUAGCUCGGUGCUUAGCGGCCGGCCACCCUGGCAGCUUUAUAAUCCGUUCAUUGACUGGCAUGACGGGACGCUUAAACUCUGGGUGGCGUCCACCCUCGAGUACAUAGUGAUGUCCGGAGCUGUGCUUCAGGAUCAACUUUCGGAUACUUAUCCACUAGUCUACACCCUCAUCCUUCGCGCCCACCUAGAUAUGCUGAGGGAGCGGAUCCGUCGUCUCCGAUCUGACGUUACCCUAAGUGAGGCCGAAAGCUACGAAGAACUAGUAAAAUGCGUCAUUGACCAUAAGCUUAUUUUGAGAUACUGCUCUAUCAUAAAGCCAGUCAUUUCUGGGACUAUAUUUACACAGUUUCUGCUGAUCGGCCUAGUUUUGGGUCUCACGCUGAUCAACGUAUUUUUCUUUUCGGACAUUUGGACUGGUAUCGCAUCCUUUAUGUUCGUCAUAACCAUUCUACUGCAGACUUUCCCUUUUUGCUACACCUGCAACCUUAUUAUGGAGGACUGCGAGUCCCUGACCCACGCAAUAUUUCAGUCUAACUGGGUGGAUGCCAGUCGCCGCUACAAGACAACGUUACUAUAUUUCCUUCAAAAUGUGCAGCAGCCUAUUGUAUUUAUUGCCGGCGGCAUCUUUCAGAUAUCUAUGAGCAGCAACAUAAGCGUAGCAAAGUUCGCCUUCUCCGUGAUAACCAUUACGAAGCAAAUGAAUAUUGCCGACAAAUUUAAAACGGACUAAAUUGGUGGACGUGUUUGAAUUUCCUUUAUUUAUUACUCACACCUUGUCCGUUGCUAACAUUCUGGACUUUUGGAUAAGUACACACGAAUCUUUACAUUUUUUCAUAAAAUUACUGGUAUACACAAGUAUAGAUAUAGAUAAAUAUAUGGUCUAAAUAAUUUUUGUAUAUAUUUGCUACAUUUAAAUAUUUGUUUUUAUAGUAUUCUGGAUAGAAGGGUCAAGCUUGUUAAUAUUUGACUAUAUAGAACGAUUGCAGCAGUUUAAUUAUAUUUAUUUUACAAUUUAAAAAUAAAUUGGAAAUGGCUCAGUGAUAAAUAAUUCAACUAUUCACCUACGCUAACCUUUAUCGUUAAAAAGUUUGGACCAGGCUGAAGGAAUCCAUUUAUAAAUUUAGCCAUGUCAAGAAUUUUGUUUCAGGUUUUGUUUUGUAGGUCCCGCAACGGAAGAAAUGGCGGACAUGGCUUAAUCGACUUUUGCUAUUAAUACUUAUCAGGAAUAUAUAUAAUUUAUAGGGUCG